GCUUUUGAAUGAUCUUCAAUAUGGAUCAAUAUGCAAAUACCCUAUACCAUUUCUCUUUCUAGCGAAAAGUCAUCCCAGCAAUUAAAAGAAUGAUGACUCACUCCGACUUCUGACUCCUUGGUUUUCUCGACCACACAAAGUGACAACAUGACCUGCAGCUCCUCUUCUCAAGUAUUCCCGCAUGUCAAAGAUGGAAAAUCCCGAAACUUUCAGGUUCCUCGACCUUCCACCCGAGCUCAGGCUCAUGGUAUACGAGCAAAUCACAGAUCUCCAUCCAUCUGUCAAUAUCUGCAAGCAAAUCCGUCGGGAAGCGACACUCAAGAUUCUUCCUAAGUUACGUCUACAUCUACACUGUGGCAUCAGUGGUGAUAAGGACAAGCUGCCAUGGUUCGUAUCCAUCACACCCGUUGCAGCUAACUCCAAGCGAAAAGACUGCUGCGAUGUGAUCAAGAACGUACCACCGGCAUCCAUGUAUUGGGAGGUUUUUCGACAGUCGUAUGUGGCCAAACUAUUGGAUGGAUUCCAUCACGUGUGCGUCUUUACGUCUGCUCUUUCCAGCAUUUACGGAAGCCAACCGAUUCAUGUGUUCGUACAUCGGAGCCGAGAUGGACAUACGUACGGGAUGAUAGGAUGUUUCGAUCGAGUCAGAUUCAGAGCAGACCGCCGUUACAGGGCGAUGAAGCUGUUGCAAGGUCGACGGAAAGACAGGGUCGAUGGUGGAGGAUUCUUGGAGGAUGUGGUCUUGGUUCUCUGCCAGGAAAGGAAGGUUCUGGAUAAGUGUCGACCCGAAGAAGACACUCUUGUGUGGAUGGAAAGGGUGCAUGAGCAUGUGCAGGGGACGAUCAUCGAGUUGGACAGUUAGUGCUUCGUUCUUCUGCUACGUCUGUGAUUGAUCUGUCCUGUACUCUUGCCUGGAGUCUAGGCGCAAAUUCGACGGUCGUGCCUGCCUACAAGAAGUGAGGCUUUACCCGACGUGUGGUUAUCAACUAAGCUUGACCAAUUUCUCCCCUUGGUAGAGAUUACAGUUUCCGACUAAAAAGGAGGUUUCGAUGAG